AUGAAGAGAUGCAGACUAUUCAAGAUCACAUUUCCUACUAUGGUCGAGCGUCCAAUGCACGAGUCAACUAUCACAAGUCUAUUGCCUUCCUUCCGUCGGGAGAUAGGUCUAGAGUGUGUGAUGACUUGUUUCGCCUCACUAGUCGUCUGCAAUUUCAAUGGUAUAACUCGGAUGUGUCUCUCCUACAUCAAGUAUCUUGGAUAUCCAAUCUGGUUCAGCAAAGCCCAACGGGAUGGAUUUUGGCAAGAAACUAUCCUGAAGCUCCAAGCGUCUCUGGACAGACAUAAGACAAGAAACAUUUCGGUGUAUGGUCGCGCUACUAUGGUCAACUCGUUGUUCCUUGCUCAUUUCUGCCAUAUGCUGCGUGUCACUACUCUGCCCACCGCUUUCGUCAGAAAGAUCUCUUCAAUGGAAUAUCAGUUUGUGUGUCGCAAAAUACUACCUCGCUUGAAGAAGUCUGUCAUGCAUCUGCCUAAGCACGUUGAUGGUCUUGGAGUCGUUGAAAUUACAGUCCAACGACAUAUUUUGCAACAACGACUGACUGUUCCUUGUCGCUGGAUACUGUUAGAAUUAUGCAACCAGGCUCAUUCUGAUAUCUGUUUUGUCACUAACAAUCAAAUUCGUAUGAAGCCUACGCAAAUUCUUCUCGAGCCAAGCCGUUUAAAAGACUCUUUAUUGUUUAAAGCAAGGCGUAACUGCCCCAAACCCACCCUUUGGUCCACUGUUACUGCUGCUGUUCGUGAUAACGACAUCCAGUUCUUGCCAUCCUUGCCAAUCAUUUACUUAUCUUUUCCUGCUGUCCCUGAGCCAUUACCUGUCACCGGCGGAGGUGUUGAUCUGUCGCCCUACUAA